GAGCGACGGCAUCACAUGUGGUGUGGCUGGAUCGGCGGCGGAAAGAGCAAACGUCGGCUCGGCACUUGGCCUUCCGCGGCGUAAUAUGCCGGUGCGAGCUGCCGCGCCGGCCGAAGCAGUGAAAAGUGCAAAAUUCGGCCCGCCGCUGACCAACACUUGGCGGCCAACGUCGCAGCCAUGGCUGACAGGAGCUACGUGCCAUGGGUUCGCAAGAGUGCGCGCGAAGCCAGCACUAAGGAUGGCACAGACGAUUCGAAUAAUUCAGCAGAACCAAAUGACGUGCCUACCGAGGCCGAGGAUGAAAAAACCAACAGAAAAUCCGCGGAGCGGAUUGCGAGCCGAUACGGAGCCUAUACUUCAGAUUUAAGUUCUUACAGACCGUCCAACUACAGGCCGAACCUAAGCCCGUCCUCAUACACCCCACUGAGCCGAGAGCGAUCUGUUUCUCGCGAGCCAUUUAGCAGCACGGCAAGCAAAACCUCAACGACGUCAUACGCGGGAAGAACUUUCGGUAGAUCGGCAAGCACUUUGACCGAGAAAGAUUUGCAAGAGACGGACGUCGCAAAGCGCUAUGGAGGCUUUAGUUACCUGGGCGCUGGACCGCACAAGACCAUUGCUCACUCGACCUUUAUGGACAAAACGCGACCUCUCGCCUCUUCUGCAUUUAGCAAGUAUUCAACGGUGUCAUCUCGAUCGAAUGCGUCCGCCUCGACAGAAAAUGUGGACUCGGAGGGAACAGGAACCGGCAGUCGUUACACGUACAGGACACGUCCGCAGCCUCUUUUGAAAAAGCUAGACAUUCCUGCCGCGGACCCCGGCCCUGCAAAACCCGAAUCUCCUGCUGUGCUCUCGCCAAAGGGACAAUCGCCUAUGUCUUCAGAGGUUUCGUUCGAGAAACCUGCCGCUCCAGCACUGGAAGAAGGGAUUAUUACGUUUAUUAAUGUUACAACCAGAAGCACAUCUCCCAGCCUGCCGAGUGGGUACAUCCCCAGGACGCGGCGCUUCGAAGUGUCGCGAGAGAUUACAAAGAAUAUUAAGAAGCCACCUAAGGUCCCGUCUACAGAAUCUAGCACCCAGACCGAUCCAAAUUCGCCAACAGAAAGCACCAGUAGGUUUCAGAGAUACAACAGCUCCACACCUUGGGCUACCUCAUACUCCGGCGGCUCGUUAACUGGAUUGAAUAAAUACGUUUCUAAAUUCAAUAACCCUGAACCGUCUACAAAAUCUUACGCUCCUACGUACAGUAGAUACGAUAGAGAAAAUUCUGCUUCAAGAUCGUUUACAUCUACUCGAUCAAGCCAGGCGCUUUCUUCAGAUCCGAGUAAACCACCUUUGACACGGCCAUAUCUGAAUAGAACUAAAGACCCCUCUCCAGUUAGAACGUUUCAGUCGUCUGUCAGGUUAGGUACACCUUCGAGGUCAACAACUCCUCCGACAUGGAGAUCGACGGUAAAAAAGUCGCCGUCCCCAGAGAAAAUAAGCGUGCACGCGUCGCCAGCACCUCCACAAAAUACGAGCAAAGCGGAAACUCCAACACCUACUAUUAAACGUUCGACAUUAUCUCCUUCUCCAAAACCUCCUUCUAGGUCUGCAACCCCCAGUAAAAAGUCUCCUUCUCCAGAAAAGAAAAUUCUGACUCAAACUUCCCCUUAUGUGCAAAGCAAAACUACAGAAGCCCCAGCUAGCCCAAGUCAAGCACCUCCAAGGAAGAACUCUACAGCAUCUUCCAAACAAAUUCAAAGGAGUAAUUCAAGUAAAUCAUCCACUCCUAGCAAAAAAUCUCCCUCACCAGAAAAAUCUUUAACAAAUGUAACUAACGGACGUAAAGCGUUGGUCGCAGGUACAAGUUCAGAAAUCCUGCGUAGCAAAAGCAGUUCGACAUCGUCACCCACUCCUCCGAGGCUAACGACUCCUUCGCCACCGAAAAAGUCUCCCUCGCCACCAAAAAAGUGUCCCUCUUUGCCACCGAAAAAAUCUCCUUCCCCAGAAAAGGUUGUCAUAAAAUCAGUUAGCAGAAGUUCCAUAGAAAAUGCGUGUGAGCCACUGCAAAGAAGAGAUAGUCGUGCUAAGGAUUUAUCUCCUUCGGUGCAAAGAUCGUCAGUGGACAGGAAAUCUUUGCCAAAGUCUCCCUCACCGCCAAAGAGAUCGUCGAUCUCUCCUGAAAAAGUUCCUUCUAGAAGACAUUCCUUCUCAAAAUCACCAGAAAAAUCAGAAAUAAUAAUAAGAAAAUCUGCUUCUCCAGAAAAAAAAUCGCAUAGCUCAGCUCCCAGCAGUGCUGUCGACAAGCAAAAAUCUCCUCCAAUAGUAGCACUAGACCAUAGCAAUUCAGCAAGUAGUACUGUCAACCUGGUUUCAGAUAUACUGUCAUCAAGUUUAGAAUGUCCGCAGCCAACGGACAAAAAGCCUCCUGUAUCUCCCUCCAAAUCAGAGCACAGGCUAGCAAACACUAUACCCAUAAAAGGGUCAAAAAGAGGUAUCAAACCGUCUGCUUCGCUAAAUGUGCUGAUGAAGAAAAAAAUGAAAGACAAAAUAUUGUCCCCAAGUGAAAGCACGGACUUCCAACAUGUCCAAAAGAGGUCUGCUUCUGAGGGGAAACUUUGUGCCCCCGACUCGAAUUUGACGUCUCAGCAACUGCAGCGCACCAUCAAUUCUUUGAAACUCCCAUUGUGCAAAUCGGGCGGAAACUUAGCUUUGCCAGACCCAAUGUCUCUUGGUGGCUCGUCUAGUGAUUUCUCUGUGCACUCUUUGCCGAGAGUCGAUUCUAUGAGAAGCAAUACACCAGGCCAGCAGAGACCAAAGUCUGUUACACAGUUUAUCAGGAUUAGUAGAUCUUCAAGCAAAUGUGGAAGCUCUUCAGAUAGCUCAGCCGAGAGCAGCGAAGAAGAGGAUCAAAAUGAUAUAAAUAAAAAUCCUAAUGUUCAUGUUGUGCCGGAUAGGCUUGAUGCCAUGGUCAAAAGCAAAAGUGAUACAAAAUCCAUCUCGAGGAAUGCAUCAGGAACAUCUGACAAUUUAUCCGUAAAUUUGCCUCUUGACGAACCACCCAUUUCCCCUCAAAUUAAAACAAAAGAGGCAGGCAAUAAAAAUGCGGCAUCUUUCCUCAUGCGAGCAUUUGCUCCGGUUACGAAUUUGUUCUUUGCACGAAACAAAGAAGAAAAAUCGCACAAUAAUUCCGAGAGCGACAGGAUGGACACCUCUCAAUCAAUUUCUGAGCUUCCAUCUGAUAAAGCUGAAAAUGAUUUGGAACCAGUACCAAGUGCUCAAAACGAAGGUUCCGAUUGCGUUCAAGCUCCAACUCAGUUGCAAGUUCCAAUGCGUUCAAAGUCUCAAAAUGUGGAGAGCUGGCUUAAUGCGAAUGAAAAGAAGACAGACAGCCGCAAGUCUGUAGGUGAGGAGAGUGAAAAUAAAAAAAUCCGGCCAGUAUCGAGUGGUGAAAAGCCAAGCUGGAUUGGUAGCAGUGAAAAUUUGCUUCCUCCUCAAAGUCCCAGCAGUGAAGAAACCAGCGAAAAGCCUUCUGAGACCCGAAUCAGAAAGGUAUUCCAGUCUUCCUCGGGCGUAAAUACGUUGUCUUGGUGUCUGGACACACCAGAGGAUAUUUCUGAAUCCAGCUCCGAGGAAAGCGAAAGCGAGAGCUCCAGCGAGGAGUCGGACGAAGAAAACAAUAAAGAACACAGCAAGGGGCCUAAAAUGAAUAUAUUGCAAAGAUCGCACGUUUUUGUCGCAGGGAAAAAUGCACCAGAGCUAAAAGAUCUACUGCUGGUCAAUAAAUCCCUUCAAGAGCUGUCAAAAGCAAGCUCAACCUCGUCUUUAAGUGGCUCAAAAGACAAUUUCAGUUCGUCGAAGCAUCAGUCACUUAUUUUACAAGAUAGCUCGUGGUGGAAGCAGUGGAAUUCUGACAUUCCUGAAGAUGCAGUCCUAAUGCUGACAGACGAACGCGAUCAUUCUCCGCAAAACCCUGAUGGCCAGCCCAUCCAGUGUAGCCUCAAGGUGCAAUGGGUGCGUGACAAAGACACCUUGUCCGCGCCGUUGCAACAAUCAACCAGUGCGAAAUCUGUGACGUCUGAAUGGGCAAGAAAGUACAAAAUGAAACGAGCCAGGAGGAGCGAAAAAGUGAGGCGAAAUAACAGCGAGAUUGUCCUCUCAAAAAGAGCACAAAAAAGCCAAAAAGGUGCCGGUGACGAAGAACUUGCUUUAAUCGAAAAAUCUGCGUGUAGUAGAAGCGCUGGCAACUUACUGCUACUGCAGCAAAGCGGAUCGGCGGCGAGUAUGUUGCGAAGCUCGGAGAACGGUGACUCACACUCAGAACCGCGCUACAAAAUCCACCACGCCGCGAGUGGUGAGAAGGCUUGGUGGACGAUGAGCACGGAUAACGUUCCCGCGGGAACUGCACGCACGGAAAGCAUAACCCUGAACCUGAAAAGGGCAGAUAGCAAGAAUUCGCAUCGGCCGGCGAGUGCAGCAAUGAGUGACGCCGGGAGCCUAAAAAGGUCGGCAAGCGCAAGACUGAAGAGCAUUAAAAGGAUUGAGUCUGGAGAACGAGCAUGGUGGUUGGACGAUAACUGCGAAAGCGUACCAGAAGGAAUUCUCCGACUGCCUAGUGACAAAUCUCUGGGCCCCCGGACCGAAAACGAUGGAGCAUCCAGCAGGACGGGAAGCUUGAAGAGGUCUGCGAGUUCGAAGUUGAAGAGUAUUAAAAGAAUAGAAUCAGGAGAACGAGCGUGGUGGUUGGACGAUGACGAAGAUAACGUACCUGAAGGCGUUACUCGGCUUCCCAGAUCUCGUGACGAUUCGCCGGAAAGACUUGAUACCCAAGAGUCGAACGAAGAGUUGCUGGUCCCUAGCAGAGCAGGGAGUCUCAAACGCUCGGCCAGCGCAAAGCUAAAGAGCUUGAAAAGAUGUGAGUCGGGAGAGCGGCCAUGGUGGCUGUCGGACAACGAUGAAGCUGUUCCUGAAGGUAUCACUCGAUUGCCGAGUGACAAGCACCUCGACGUACUUUCUAACGAAGGUUCCAUCGCGCGCAGUGCUUCUGGCAGCGUGAAGAGAUCGCCAAGUACGAGGCUUAAAACCCUGACGCGAAUCGAGUCAGGGGAGAGGGCGUGGUGGAUGGAGGAUGACGAAGAAAAAGUGCCUGAUGGCGUCUCUCGUUUGCCACCCGACAAACCUGAGGCCGCCGAAGCUCCUAAGUGGCCGACGGAAAAGAAUGGAGCAGAGGCUGCCGACGAGUCGACGUCGAGCGAGUCAGACGAGGAAUCCGAGGAAGAGGAUGUUGACCUCGUGGACGAGCUUAUGAAGUCGGAACUCGGCCACAGAACAAGCCCGGACGGCGUGGAAGAGCCCAGCCUCGCAAAUCGUUGGCAAAAUAUUUAUGAUUCGGAUGAUGAAGAUUGGCUCGGAGCAAAAAUUUUUAUUUGCGACACCACGAAUAUCGACGACCUCCUCGGUGACGAAAAGCAGCCUGAACAAGUCAGCGCAGAACCUGAAGUUAAAGAGGCCCAAGCAGCAACUGAAGAGGGAAAGAGAGUCGAAGAAAAAACGAAAUCAUCGAGCGAGGAAGAGAGCAGUGAGGAGAGCGAUGCAGAAGGGCAAAAAUCGAAAGAUUCGGACAGCAUCAGCCUGGAAGAAAAGCUGUGUGAUCAGCCAGCUGCAACAGAGGAUGACAAUAAAGCCGAGCAGCCCGCUGAGCCAGAAAAGUUGGAUGAUGCGGCGCUUCAGAUUCUCAAGGACGGCGAAUUCGGUGCAUACUUGGAUCUGGACGCUUCGAUCAGCGAGCAGCAGGAAGAGUUCGACGGACUCAAACUCAGCCGAAAGAAUUCAAUUGUGCUGCGCACUCAGCUCUCUGUCCGGGUGCAUGCUAUUAUAGAAAAACUGCAAAACUCGGAGGGCAGAGACCUCCAGCGCGCCCUCUUCUCUCUGAAGCAAAUUUUCCAGGAGGACAAAGACUUGGUGCACGAGUUUGUCCAGAACGACGGGUUAGCAUGUCUGGUCAAAGUGGGCUCGGAGGCCGACCAGAACUACCAAAACUACAUCCUACGCGCACUGGGCCAGGUGAUGCUUUACGUGGACGGCAUGAACGGCGUGAUGGAGCACACAGACACCGUGCAGUGGCUUUACUCGCUGAUCGCCAGCAAGUUCCGCCUCGUGGUGAAGACGUCGCUCAAGUUGCUGCUCGUCUUCAUCGAGUACAAAGAGUCCAACUGCGACAUCCUCAUCAACGCAAUCAGGGCCGAGGACAUUCCGGCGGGUGAACGGCCGUGGCAUAACGUGAUGCGGCUGCUGGGAGGCUACGACACGUCCGACACUGAACUGCUGCUUUACGCGUGCACCCUGCUUAACAAAACGCUGAAUGGACUGACCAACAGGCACACCUACUACGACCAGGUUGACAUUAUUGAGGCGCAGGGCAUGUCCGAACUUGUCCAAAAGUACAUGAACAGACAGGGCACCGAUCUCGACCUCCUAAGGCAGUUCCAAAUCUACGAGGCUGUGUUGAAAUUCGAGGACGGCGAGGAAGACGCUGACGGAUCCUCAAUUAUUAUGAUUGACGAGACUCUCAGGAAAACUCUGCGUCACCGUAAAAUUUGCUCAGUGGAUUCACCAACGACAAGACGCAGGUCAAAACGUUGGUUAAAUAACUACAACAAUAAUCUACGCAACGCCAGUCCGCAGCUAAUCGUCACCUCCAUGAGAGAUGAGGAUGACGACGACAGCUCGAGUUCCAGGUCUUCACCAUCCCUCGGAAAUCUCGAGUUCAUUGUUAGCUCAGGAAACUAUGACCACAAUGACAUCACGCCAGGUCUGCGGAAGCGCCGCGAGCGAGCUGAGCGGCAUCGCAGUCUUCGAGAGCAGCAGGAGACAAUCCUUCGCAGCCUGAAUAAGGAGGACGAGGAGCGGAAAAGCGGCGGCGAGCAGGACGUGGACAAUCAGCUGAACAAUGUCAGCCGCAGCCACAGUAGGCAGGACGUGAUCAUGAACGCUGUGAACCACUUGGAGUCUGGGCUGAGCCGAGACUCGAGCGGCGUGCACCUCAGCCGCGAGAACACGGUCAAGGACCUGACGCAGAAGCUGUCAGGACAGAUAGGUGGCGUCAGCAGCCCCACCGACGAGCAAAAGCUCGGCCGCAUCGGCGAUAUGACCGGACUGAUCUCCAAGGCGAUGGAAGGACUGAACAAAUCAAAAUCUGACUCUAAGACUGAAACAAAGAUAGCUCCCCCUGAACCCCCAAAGAAGUCCGAGGUGGAUCUGCAGUGGGAGAAGAUCACGGAGAACGUGGACCGGCCGCUGGCACUAUGCGACCUGGACUUCACCGACCUGAACAGUGAGGACGAGGUGGACAUCCUGGCGCCCAGCAUCCACUCGAACGGCGUGCCGCCGCCCCCACCACCUGCCCCUGCGAUGAUGCCUCCGGGUGCGAUGCCGCCACCGCCGUGCGCGCCGCCCUCGUUCGGUUCGGCGGCAAAUUCGGCCGAGCCGGGUGACAACAACCUGUCCGAGAAGCUUGCCAAGAAGAGCAAGAAGACGGUGAAGCUGUUCUGGAAGGAGGUGCGCGACGAUCCUGUCGUGGUGGCCAGGCUGCAGAAGAGCGGUAUCAGCCUCAUCUGGGACGAGCUGAGCCCUGUUUUCGUCGACACGCAGAAGCUGGAGCACCUCUUUGAGUCCAGGGCCAAAGACAUUGCUCCUAAGAAACAACAAGAUCUAAAUAAAAGCAAGGAGCUGAUCGUGCUGGACUCAAAACGCUCGAACGCGAUCAACAUCGGCAUGACGAAACUGCCACCGCCGCGGGUUAUCAAGACUGCAAUCCUCAAGAUGGACACGUCUGUCAUAAAUCGAGAGGGAAUCGAGAAACUGUUUACCAUGUUGCCGACGGAGGACGAGCGGAAUCGCAUCCAGGAGGCGCAGGUGGCCCAUCCAGACAUCCCCUUAGGCAACGCCGAGCAAUUCCUCCUCACGCUGACUUCCAUCACCGAGCUCUCCGCUCGACUAAAACUCUGGGCUUUCAAAUUGGAUUACGAGAACAUCGAAAAGGAAAUCGCAGAGCCGGUGAUGGACCUGAAGCAGGGCAUGGAGACCCUGAAGUCGAACCGCACGUUUCGCUGCAUCCUGGGCACCCUGCUGUCGAUCGGUAUCUUCCUGAACGGCGUCGAGGUUAGGGGCUUCCAGAUCGAGUAUUUGGCCAAAGUUCCUGAGGUGAAGGACACGGUGCACAAGCACUCGCUCCUGCACCACCUGUGCCACAUGGUGAUGGAAAAGUUCCCCGACGCCACCGAUCUCUACUCGGAAAUCGGAGCAAUCACGCGGGUGUCCAAAGUGGAUUUCGACGAGAUCAAACAGAACAUCAAGCGCCUCGAGUCCGAGUGCAAGGCGUCGUGGGAGCACCUUAAAGUGAUCGCCAAACACGACGGCACCACUACCAUGAAGAGCAAAAUGUCAGAUUUUCUGACAGACUGUGCGCAGCGCAUCAUCGUGCUGAAGACGGUCCACCGGCGGAUAAUGAACCGCUACUCAAAGUUCCUACUCUGGCUGGGCACCCCGGCCAUGAAAAUCAACGAAACCAAACCCAACGAGUUCUGCCGCAUUUUGUCCGAGUUCGCGCUCGAGUACCGCACCACAAGGGAGCGCGUCAUCCAGCAGAUGGAAAAGAAGGCCAACCACAGAGAGCGCAACAAGACGCGUGGCAGGAUGAUCACAGAGGUCAGUCCAACAAAGAACGAAGAAAUGGGCGAAAUGGGCAAAUUCCGUGCCAAAGAGGUCUGUAAAAAGGAUGACCAGUUAAGGCAGCUGCUGGGAGGAGACAUCACCGACUCAGAGAGCACCUGGAGAAGGCAGCGACGCGAUUUCGAUCGCAACCACUCGGAGGUGGUGCAGAGCAAGGAUGAGCGUUUCAGCGACGACGACGAGAUCCUGAACAGUUUGGUGAAGACGGCGACCAAGAGCCGCGCAAACAGGGCCAACCCGAGAGAGCGCAAGAGGUUCAUGCAAGCAGAUAGAAAAUCCGCCCUGCUGAACAGGUCUCGUUCAACAACUCGAGGUGAAUAUCGGCCCCCUCUGUAGACUGAAACUCUUUUAGCAUCGACACACACUCAAUCUUCUAAUACGCUACACUGAUGAGAAGAAAUGCAAGAAAGAGAAUGUUGGCGAAGAAAAUUAUUAUUUACUGAUAUUUGUGUAGAUUUUAUAAAGAAUAAAUAUUAAUCAUUGUAUCA